AUGUCGCCCAACCACUCUAUACUCUUCAACCGGCGAGAGAUUCAAGCAAUAAAAGAAGGCGACAUUCAGUGGCUCGUCGCCAUCAAGCUAGCGCGACUGUCACCUAAGGCAUAUAAGUACUUUUCCACGUACUUAUGGUUCGAAGAUUUCGUGGCAAGCCUCCCUGGGCCGAAUACUCGCUCGCCAACAAAGCAGUAUGAUCGUGUUAUGGCCUAUGGGAGGCAAAGAAUGCAUGAGAUUCAUGUAGAAAUGGAGAGGGAGAGAGAGGAGCUCAUGCAAAAGUCCAAACCCAAGGCAGUCGUCACGCCGUCUGGACAUGUCUUCAACAAUGAUGAUUUGAUUGCUUUGUGA